AUGCGUUUCUCUAUCGUAGCUGUUGCAUUGACUGCUGCCAGUGCCGUCUCCGCUGCACCAGCCAAGAGACAGGCCGCAGAUAUCGACACGGUCAUUUUGCAAUACGCAUUGACACUUGAGCACCUCGAGGACGCUUUCUACAAAAAGGCCCUUAGCGAGUGGGACCUAAAGUCGUUCACAGACGCGGGCUUCAGCGAGAAGUUCUACGAUGACCUCAAAUUCAUCGCCCACGAUGAGGAGGGUCACGUCACCUACCUGAAAGCUGGCCUUACAGCUGCAGGCGCCACGCCCGUCGCUGCCUGCGAGUACAAAUUCCCCAUGACAGAUCCCCAGUCAUUCGCCGCGCUCGCCUCUGUCAUCGAAGGCGUCGGAGUCUCUGCUUACCUCGGAGGCGCACCUAUCGUUACGUCAAAGGCCUACCUUACUGUAGCUGGUGCUAUUCUGGUCACCGAAGCCCUCCACCAGUCCCAACAACGUGCUGCCAUCGGCGAGACGCCUGCGGCCAACGUCUUUGGAACUCCUCUCGGCUUCAACGCAGUCUACUCUAUCGCCUCGGCUUUCAUCGUCUCCUGCCCAUCUACCAACGCGGCACUCCCCUUCAUGGCCUACCCCGCGCUCACCGUCACCUCUGGCCUGCCCACGGCUCCUGGUGCGCUGGUCAACCUCGUGCCUGAUGAGAUGCCCUCUGGUACUUUCUUUGCCACCUUCGUCAGCGGGCUCAGCAUCACUGCCGUGACGCCCACCUCGGUGGAGGGAGGGAUGAUCAUGGCCGAGGUCCCCAUGAUGAUUGAGGGACAGAGCUACGCUUUCCUCACCAAGGACAAGUCGGGCAACCUGACCGAUUCCAACAUCAUCGCCGGUCCAGUCAUCCUCGAGGUCACUCCUCAGAGCCCCACAUUUACCCUCACGAUCCUUUGA